UGAUCACAGGAAGUUGGACGUGGAUGCAUAUCCAUCUCAUGGGUGAGUUAUUAGAAAGAAACCGUAAUUUUGACCAGCCGAUUUUUGUCUUUCUGUUAGGUACCAUCCCACGUGCUAACAUAUCAUUUUUUGUUAAUAACAUAUAUUGUUAGGGCAAAAUUGGUCGAAAUGCCUCUCUCUCUCUCCACUGUUCAGUUAUCUUCUCAAAACGUUCUUUAUUGUUAGUGUGACCAAUUCCACCAGUUGACGAACCCUAAUACUUGAAUUUCUUCAAAAAUCUCUACUGACCCAUUAACCUGAAACCUAAAAUGGCCUUAAAAAUCCAACUUUUAUCCCCAAACACAAUCCCUCAAGCAAGAAUGUUCCGAUAUUUUCCCUUCCCAACUGCAACUCAUUUCAGCAACAGACUGAAAACUCAUAUCCAAUGCAAUAACAACAACAAAGUUAGUGAUGCUGACCUUGCAUCAGAUUUAGCUACAGAAGUGGCAAAGAUAAAUACCCAAUUAGUGCAAAAAGAAGAAGCCAUGAGAAAAAGCAAGGAAUUACUAUUCACUGAGCUCUGCCACUAUUUGGAUAUGGAAAAGGAGGAAGUGAAGAGGAAAUGGAGCAAUUUGGAUCAAGAGGAGAAAUGGGUUUUGAUAAAAGGGUUUGUUGAUGAGUGGGGUAUCAAUUUCCACCCUUUGUCUGCUAGGUCCGUUAGAGCAAUGAUUGAAGAGUAUAUAAAUGAAAAGAAGUCAUCUUCCAGUUCUUCUGCUUCUGAGUUGUUUCCUGGUUUGAAGAGACUGAUGGGAUUUUCUGAAAAUAAGUGAACUUUUGUUUAAAAUAUAAUGUUUAGGUCCUUACUGUACUUGUUGCAAUUUAUUUGGAACAAUAAUUAGUUUGUGAUCUUUAUCACUUCUCAGCUAACUCAAGUUUCUUUUCCCUUUGGCUUU